CAGCCAGUCAGACCCGUUACGGCACUCGCACCAGUACUCGGAAAUCUUGAGGAAAACAUCAUACCCAGGAGAAUUCCACCCCCACUCUAAAAAAAAAAGUUGCAUGUGUGCGGGAAACUGAAUUUUCAUUUUUAUUUUUUGGCACCAAUUGUAGUCAUUCGAUCGAUCGAUUAAACCGUAGUUUUGUGAAUCGAUUAGUCGACAGUGAUUGUGAGAGAAUUGUUGGUUUCUAGAAUUGUUGAAGUUCUACAUCAUCUGCUUAAGUGAAUGAGAUGCAUGAUGAGUGUUGCACUGGCAACUAUGGAGUCUCUUUACAGUCUGCGUGGACUGGGAAGUCAUUCACAUAUUUUCCAACACCUUCACAAUCAUCAUCAACAGCGAUCACCACCACCGAGUGCUUCCUAUCAACCUCGUGAGAAUCUUGAGAGUCCACUCAACUUCAGUAUCAUCAACAUUCUGAGACCUGAUUUUGGGUGUGCCGCUAUCAGUAAAUCAUCAUCAAGAAAGUCAAGCCUGUCACUUGCUGAAUUGUCGGGAUCGGGUUCACCGUCGUUACUGAGGGAUUUGAGUUUAUCAGAGAGACUCGUCUCAUCCCAAUCAGCGUCGGUACACCGGGACAGCGAGUCCUCCUUCUCAGGAUCAACAUCACCACUUCAAAGGCACUCAACCCUAAGUAGAAGCGGAAGUCUCGAGAGUCUCGCUAGUAACCGCAGUUCUGUAACGAGUUGCUUAACCGGAACAAACUCGUUGUCAUCAGCGGCAUCGACCAUCGGUGCUGAAUCUGUCAGCGGCGAUUCCAUCGUAGCAAGUAAUUCACAAACAAAUACCACUUCCGGUUCUGGCAGUGGCCAGAGUUUGUGGCCCGCCUGGGUUUAUUGUACCCGAUAUUCCGACCGUCCAUCAUCAGGACCGAGAACGAGACGAGUGAAACGUACACCUAGUGAGAAAAUAACACCUUCCGAGGAGAAGAGACCGAGAACGGCAUUUAGUGGUGAACAAUUGGCAAGACUGAAGAGUGAAUUCACAGAGAAUCGUUACCUGAACGAGAGAAGACGCCAGCAAUUGUCCCGUGAGCUUGGACUCAAUGAGGCCCAGAUUAAAAUUUGGUUUCAGAAUAGACGUGCAAAAAUAAAAAAAUCAACUGGACAGAGAAAUCCACUGGCACUUCAGCUCAUGGCACAAGGACUGUACAAUCACACGACAGUUCCAGUUGAUGAGGAUGGGGAGGAAACCACCACUCCAGCCUGCCAACACUGAAUAUUUAUUCAUUAAAAUUAUUUAAAUAAUCUCCGAAUUAUUCAAAUAAUUCUCAAAUUAUAUAAAAUAACUAAAAUCUGUAUAGACUGAGAAUCAGGUGUAGGUAAUACCCAAUUUUCUCAUUUACUCUUGUUAAAAGCAUCUCAAUCCUGUUAGUUAUAACUGAUUAGUGGUCAUAAUUGCCAAGUAACAAUUUAUUUAUUCCAUACGUUUGGAUACCGCUGUGAAUAGGCCAAUAGCCGUACUGCAUACAUUACAGGUAUAAUCUCGUAAUGAAAUACUAUUAGAUGAUAUCCAUUAAUCUGUAAAUAAAUAUUGUGCUUAAGAGGUGUAAGAAUAAUCAUACGGUUUAUCCACAAUAAUUUCUCCGACCCCGGGAAUGAUCUCACUGCAUUUUGUCUCCCUGUUCAACAUUUGUAAAUAUAUUAGCAUAAUGAUGAUAUAAUUUAUAUCUAUGACUGGUAGAAAUAAGGACGAAUUAUUUAUCACGCAAUUCGUUCUCCAGUGUGUUAUCUUAUAUUUGUAAGUUUUAUACUUAUUAAUGGCUACUGUUAUGCGUAUUA